CGGCCCCUUUCCUUAUGACCACCCCAUAUACUGACACACCGGAGUUUGACACUGCUGCUUCUCAGAUCUCCAACUGCCUCUUUGAAAUCAACAACGACCUUGUGAGUUUGUCGCGGCAGAUCAAGAGCCUCGGUAAAGCUGAUUCCGGGGUCGACUCUGUAGCGUUUGAUGCUGCCAAAACGCGCACGGUGGCACUCAUUGGGCAGCUAAACGAUUCGUUCAAGGGCUUGCGCGACGCCACCAACGCACAGAAAGCGUUGAUCGAGGACUUAGAGGCUGGCGGAGUGGAACUCACCACAACCCAAUCUUUUACCAGGAAUAAGUUGAUGCGAGAGGUGAAGGCGUCGCUAGCGGAGUUUUCCAACCUCCAGAAAACGUACAACGAGGUUAACCUCCGGUUGAAUGAGGAGUCCCGUGUGGCAAUGGCCCAGACGGAAGAGGAAGAACCGCAAGAAUCGCAGCAGUUGAUUAUUGAACACGAACCGCUUAAUGCUGAGGAGUUGGAAUACCACCAGAAUCUCGUGGAGCAGAGGGAACGCGAGAUAGCGCAGAUCCAACAUGGAGUCGACGAGUUGAACGAGAUUUUUAGAGACUUGGGAACCAUUGUGACGGAGCAGGGGACGAUGGUGGAUAAUAUCGAGUCUAAUUUGUAUACUGUGGCAGAUGAGACACGGAUGGCUGGCAGGGAGCUUCACAAGGCGUUGCGGUACCAGCGGCGGUCGGGAGGGAGGUCAUGCUGCUUGUUGUUGAUUUUGAGUGUGGUUAUGGGCGUGGUUAUGUUGGCGAUGUUUGCCUAGUUUGGUCGUGUGACGCGAGGUCGGGUAUAACCAGCAUCCCCAUGACGAGCGAAAUGAGCUAUCUAUAGCUGAAAAGGCGUGCCAGGACUUGUUCCAC